CUUAGCUGUAAAAAUUUUCAAAUUAAGCAAAAGCAUUCAGUUAUAAUUCAAAUUGACUGCACGCCAUGGCUGCGACGGAUGAAGUAGACAAUGUGAGCUUGACGAACACGGAAGAGGGAGAACAACAGCCCGAAGGUGAAGUAGAUCCCGAAAAGUUUACGGUACGUCUCAAUGGGCAAAAGGACUUGGAGCAAAGACUACGCGAAUUUAAGGCUGCUUGCGACGCGCACGAGAAGCAUGCCCGUAAGCGUAGGAGGCGUCGCUACUAUCACAUUGGUCUGCUGGCCAAAGUGGUCAUGGAGACGACACACGAUGAGCUGCGGCGCAUGCUGGAGCACGGCACCUACACAUUCCACGUGGACAUGGUGGCCUUUAAGCCAGAGGAACUGGCCACCAUACUGGAUACGCUUAACAUCGCCAUAGCCGCACAUGCGGAUGAGCGCGAACUGAGGACAGCCACGGGCCUGGCCGUAGAGAUAAAUGGCGAUUGUUGUCGUGUGGGUCGCUUGCGGAACAACUGCACCACAAUGCUGGCACGCGGCUCUGUGGUCACGCUAACCACAAAUCCAGCCUAUCGCUACGCUGGCUUCCGUGAGAUUGUCUACGUCAUCAAUCUACGUGCCUACCUCAGCUCAAUACGGCUGAAUGAUGUGCUGCUAAUUGGACGCGAGGUGCGCUGCCGUGUGGUCAAGACGCUGAACGAGGCGCUGGCUGUUCUGAUCAUCGAUGCGGGCCUGCUGACCUCGUACGAUUUCAUUGAGCUGCCGCGUCAGUGUCAUGCCCUGCAACCGGAAGUGUACCCAGAUCUAUUCUUGUCCGACCUGCAAACGGCCACAGCGCUUAAGGCCAACUUUGUGGUGCUGCCCAAGAUUCGCUGCAAGUCGUUUCUGCGCGCUGUCCGCACGGCCAUUAUGUCGGACUUUGAUAUGAAGCUCAUUGGCUGCAUUGACUUUGAGUAUGUGCGCAACAAUAUGCUGGAUCUGCUUGGCAUUAUCAAGCUGUUGGACUAUAUCUGGAUACCGGACAUGUUCAAUGUGAACUGCUGCGUGUACAAUUACAUCAUGGAGGAUGCCCUGCCCAUUGCGCAUUGCCAGAAAAAGCCCGUCAUUGGCACUGUACCGCUGGAGCGUUGCAACGACUUCAAGCGUUUCGAGCUGCACGAGUUCCUCUGGAAAAUCGACACCAUACACAUGCAGAAGAGUCCGUGGUGCAACAAGUAUCCCCUGAUUGUGAAAAAGCUUAUGCCCAUUCGUGACUAUCGCGUGGGUGUGGUCCAGACGCAGCAACAGGUCAAGAGUAUACUGACCUCCUACCAGACGAUUGUUAACUUUAUCAUUCGAACAAUUGCCACGAUCGAGUGCCAGGCCAUAUUUGUGUUCACCAAGUGUGAGAAUGCGAGUGUUGCGCUGGCGCGCUCGGAAAUCUAUUGCCCGGUCUAUAUGAUGAUGCCGCUCAACAGUGAUGACGAUGAACAGACAAUUAAAUGCAAAUUUGAUUUGGCCCGUGCGCUGCAUUUGAGACGCAAUACGCAUCCCGUUUUAUAUACGCCCGAUCUCAAUGAGUGCAACUAUAGCCCCAUUGAGUUUGGGGUGGAUUAUAUGCGUCGCAAGGGCUGCCUGGAGGUGGGCGAUUUUGUUGUCACCUUGGAGGUGGGCAAAGAGGACGAUGAAAAUAUUGUAUUAGGCGUCGGCGAAGAUGUAUGCAUCUUACGCGCCUUUUACGUGGCACCGGUGUUCAAUUGCGAGAAAUUCAAAUAUGGCACAUGAGUCCGUGUGCAGAUUAAUUCAUGACGUGCAGUUGUAGAGAUAACAUUUCUUAUGAUACAUCAAAAUUAAAUGUAUAUAAUGAA